AAAAUAUUUAUUCUAUUCAAGUUCAAAAUAAUAAUUAUGGCGUCGAGUAAAAAAGGCGCAGUACGCGGUAAACGUUCUAACCAACACGUUCAACGCAACUAUGCAGAAAGAUUAAACGAUUUAAGUAUAGAUUCCUCUGAAGACAUUAAUGAUAACACAGAUGAUUCCGAUGAUGAAGGCACAGAAGCGACGUUCGCUGUAAGUAUGUGGGAUUUGAACCAUUGCGAUCCUAAGAAGUGUUCGGGACGAAAACUCCUACGGCAUAACCUUAUCAAAAAUUUAAAACUCGGACAUAGAUUUCAAGGACUCGUUUUAUCACCAGUUGGUACUCAAUGUGUUAGUCCAAGUGAUAAAGAUAUAAUAGAAAAGUUUGGUUUGGCCGUUAUUGAUUGUUCGUGGGCGAAAAUCGAUGAAACGCCAUUCCAACGAAUGAAAUCCCCACAUCCCAGGUUAUUGCCAUUUCUAGUUGCUGCCAAUCCGAUAAACUAUGGAAAGCCAUAUCAACUCAGUUGUGUUGAGGCUCUUGCAGCAGCUAUGUAUAUAACAGGACAUAAAAAGGAAGCAAACUUUUAUUUAUCAAAGUUUUCUUGGGGACAUUCAUUUCUAGAAUUGAAUUCUGAAGCUUUAGAUAUGUAUUCAAAAUGUACAGAUAGUAAAAGUGUAAUUGAGGCCCAAAAUAAAUAUCUGGAAUCAGCCGGAAAUGAAAAAGAUACAAGAAAAAUGUGGCCGUCCAGCGAUUCGGAUGUUGAAAGUGAGAAAAGUGAAUAAAAAUGCAAUUAUAUCUGAAAUUAUAUAAUUAAUUAAA